AUGGUCCUCACUAGAAAGUUAUGUAAGGAGUUGGGUAUCUUGCCAGAUACGCCACUUAGCCCCCCGGGACCUGGAAAGAGACAAAGUAAAAUUAUAAAUUACUUCCCCAAGAGGGAGGAAUGCAUGAGUGAACAAAUUGAACCAAUUAUUGACGAAGUCACUCCUCUCCCCCUUACUUAUCUUGACCGGUCACAUUACUUCAAAGAGCUUCAACACAACUCUGGAAACACAAAUUCCCCAAGAAGCCUGGCGCAAGAGCUAGUUCUAGCUGAGAAACUUGUGGAAAAUAUUUCUGUCACCUAUAACCAGCGGCCCCUGGCAGAAUUAACAACAUGCCACCAAGACCAGGCGCCCACUUCCAAAUAUACUCAAACUGAACUGAGUGAUGGCCAUCUUCAGGCCCAUUUCCAAGAUAUAAAUAUAGACCUUUCCAACAUCAAAAAUUACUUGACCAUAACAAAUGGGUUAUUGCUGACCCUUGUGGAAAAUUUUAUUCCCCAACCAAAAGAGACAACAGCAACCGAUGCACCCCAAGUGCAUAAACCAGAUGAACUUGUGCAUAACCCAGAUGAACUAGUGAAGAUGAGACAAGCAGUAACAACCAAGAAAUUGCAAAAAAUAGAUCAAAAGUCCGGGAAAAGAAAACUAAGAACAUUAAAACAACAAGGAAAAUAA